AUCCCGGAUCGGAUACAUCUCCAAAUUGCCCUAGCCCAAGCGAGUUCAGCCCAAGCUGCCGUUCUACUCCACGAUGUUCCGCAACCUGAGAACUCUCGUCCCAUCCACCCACUCGCUAAUACAGCGCUUCCCCGUCAGCGGCACCGCCAAAGGUAAGGGCAAGGGCAAGGGCAAAGAUAAAGCUGGGCAGCCCCUCAAGCGCUCAAUUAUCCCUAAGAAGAAGCCCGCUGGAAGCGGUGGUGGCGGUGGCCGCGGCAGGAAUGCGGAGAGCGAACUUACCCGCAUGGCCGAGUCCUGUCUCAAUGCCCUCACUCCUCUUCGCUACCUUUCCGCUAAGGAUCUCCAACGCGAGGCCGAGCGCGAGAAGCUAGGUCUCAUCAGCAAGCAACGCCAACGCGAGAUUGACCAGGCCAAGCAAAAGGCAGCCUCUCCAUCCCACGAUGAGCCCUUCCUUAUGGGCACGCCAGGACUUGAUUACAUCUCGCUGGGCCUAGUUGACGCCGAUAAGAUCCCCGAGUACAAGCUCACAGUCGAGGACGGGAGAAGGCUGGCCAAGGAGUACAGCCGCGUGCUGAUGCGGAAGCACCGUGCUCGUCAGGCGGCGGAAACCACACUUUUAAGGCUCAAGAAGGAGGCCAUAGCUGCACUGCCAGAAAAGCUGCAGGCAGCGGCGCUAGUGCCGGACUUCACGCCUUUUCCGGCAAAUCGAUUCAUGGCUACCCUGACUCCGCCUAUAGAAGGGUAUAUUGAGAAGGUCAAGGAGGCUGCAAAGAAGUCUGUUGGGAAGGAGAAAUUGCGAUAAAGGAUGGAAACAUUUCCUCUUCCUGUUUAGAGCUGUUGGUUCUCAGUGGAGUAAAAGACUGAAAAAUUUCAAAAGUUUGUCCACAACAUCUUCUUGACAAGCGAAGUUCACAGGCAUGGAAGGGCACCUAAGUAGUGGAGCUACUGCCUCUCUACUCAUGUCGUUGUUUUCUAUAGUCACUUCAGAAUCUAACAUAUAGGCGUCACCUUUUGCUUUAAGAUCACUUCACUAGUUGCGGCCGCUAUCUUUGUUCUGAGUAGAGUAAAAGACUGAGAAACACCCAAAAGUUCAUCCUCCAUCCCAUCCUAAUGUCAGAAAAAAACAUGCCUUCAUGGGAGAAUGCCUAAGUGGUGGAGCUUCAUCUCUACUACUGUUAUAAUUGCUCAAAAGAGAUGUGUAACUAUUCUCUUUUCUUUGACUAGAAAAUUAUGGGACUUGUUUGUGGUUCACACUUGUCUACAUUGCCUUGUAGCCUUUGCAUAUCAAAUUUUUGAAAGAAACACUAAAUCAAUUGGAUGUGGAAA